AUGGAUGAAUGGCGGUUCUCACUCUCACUUUGUUGUCAUGUUUCAGCCGGAUCAUGAAGGACAGUGAGGACGUCGGCGCCAGUGUCCCUACUGGACUGGUACGAUCUGGACCAGGAGCUUAACCUGGUGCUGGAGAGACCAGUUCCCGCCUUGGACCUGCUGAAAUAUGUCAAGGACAACGGGGGCUCCCUACAGGAGGAGGAGGCCAAGAUCAUACUGAAGCAGCUCUUCGAUGCAGCACAUGAACUUCAGCAUCAGCGCAUCUUCCACCGGGACAUCAAGGUGGCAGAUAUCCUCAUCGAGACCGGCUCGAAUGUCCCACGCGUACGAAUAAUCGACUUUGGCCUGAGCUGCUUUUUCAAAGACAAGUCCACCUAUCGCGUCUUCUACGGUAAGAUGUCCAGCUUCUACUCCCACACUGCACUAACUUACCUAUCUCUGACUUUUACAUUCAAACAAAGCUGCACCUCCUCCUCCUCAACCUCACCAUUAUUAUUAUGUCUGUGUAUUCUAGGUACCUCUUCCCACUGCCCUCCAGAGUGGCACAGCAGCGGUACCUACACGGCUGGCCCCACCACGGUGUGGCAGAUGGCUGUGGUCCUGUUUGAGACGCUCCACAGGAACACAAAGUUUGAGAUGAAGAAGUUCCUGAUAAACGAGCUGAGGAUCAGCGAGGAGCGUCCUGAGGAUUGCCAGGAUUUCUUGAGGGCACGUUUGUCCAAAGACCCCAACCAGCAUCCGACCCUGGAGGAGCUCAAACGUCACUCAUGGCUGAGAUAAACCCACACACACACACACACACACACACACAUAUCCUAACACCAGUCAAUGAAUCCAUCCAAUGCCAUAUAUCAGGGUUGUAAACUGGUCACAUUUCCGUGAAAAUUGCUGUUCUGGAUCCAAAAUAGGACAUAUGUGAGAUAUGUCUUUAUUUACUCCAGAAAGUGGCGUCCCUCGCUGUCAACUUCACGCCUCCUUGCUGUGGCCGUGUCUGCCGCCUCGCAGGAAAUGUCUGCUGUUUAGAAACCGUUCGUUUGCUUUGGUUUUCCGCCUGUUCAUGAAAACACAUUAGCUCCAUCUUUGUAGUUCCUGCUUGGUGCAAGUCUACAAACUGUGUGAUAGUUCUGCCAUCCUGGACAGGAAAAAAUGCCAAGUGAUUUU